CUCCGGAAGCUCACGUUGCUAGGCAAAAUUAAUCAUGGCUGACAGCGACAUUAAAACCCAUAAGUUUUAACAGAUAAUCUCAGAUAUCAGCGAGAUAUGGCUAAGGUAGAGUCUAUUCAAAGAGACAUUGGAGAUGGAGGAGAUGAAAAGUUCAGGCCACAAAAUCGAAAAAAGAUUAAUCCCAAUGACUUAAAGAAGCUGACGCCGCUGCAAAGAAGCAGAUACAUGGCUUAUGAAGAUCCACCUAAGCAUGUGCAAGAAGCGCAGAUGCAGACAAAGAAACGGCUUCUAGAACUUAGGAAACAGCAAUCCAGGAACAGCACAACCAGACCACUAGAAGAGGAAGCUGAAUGGCACAAGCAUAUUCGCCUUAUUGGACAAUUGAAAGCAGCAGAAGCAAGAAAUCGCCUUAGGAUAAUGCGGCUUCGGUAUCAAGCAAACAAAGCUCAAGAAAUUGGUCACCUGAUUGCAUGCCAGCCAGUGGCUCUCAAAGCAGUGAGACUGCAGGCUCUCUUACCUCACUGCCCAGAAAAAAAAAGCAGACCUGAUGAUCUAACCAAAUCUGAAAGACACCGUGUGGAGUCACUGGUAGAAGAUGGAGCAGGACUUCUUACCAACAGAGCCUUUUAGAGACUCACCUGCCCAUCUCUCUUCAUCUUGGCCUGUUGCAUAUUGAGAUCAGCAUCUUAAGAUUGCACGUGCUUUUUCUUCAAAAUGGCUUUGAGGUCAUAGCACCCUUUUUUACGUUCUUUGCACUCUUUGCUUAUGCCACACCUAUAUUUACAUACAGGCAGACUGUCUCUGAACAGUUCUCAUUUCUAACAAAUCAUCUUGAUGUUUCUUAUCAGUGCAAGGACAACCAUGCAAUUUUUCAGCUUCAUCAUUAAGGGUGCACAUGAACUACGAACACUGCAAGAUUUGAUUAAAAGGUAUAAAUGAAAUUUCAGUUAGUGUGAAAAAUGUUUGCUUUAAGGCACAUUUGCAUUUAUACAUUUAUCUGUUUUGGGAAGAGGGCUAAUUAUUGCUUCAGAGACACAGUGCACUCCCUUCUGUUGAUUCAGUGCAUUGACUUCACAGAUUUUGUGCUCUGUAUACAAUUUUUUUUUAAAAUUGAGAUUGAAUUGGUCUAGCUACUUUCAAAUUAGAUAAAAAGGUAUUAUUUCCAUAGAAAAAUUAAGCUGACAAGAUGAAUAUGUGGAAUAUUUCUUUGGUGGUAGCUUAAAUGGGUGAGCACAUCUCUUAAAACUUAUUACAAACUGACAUAUGGAAGAAAGUGGAUGGUUAACUGCGAGCACUAUAUUGAAAUGAACUGCAUGGAUUGCUGAAGAUGUGUAAGUGCAUGUGUAUGAAUGCAUGAGUGAGCGGGUGAGGGGUUAAGUCAGUGAGGGAACAAGUGAAAGAAUGAAGAAAUUAAUGAAUGAAUGUGGUCAAAAAAGGGAGAGGUGAAACACAGAGAUCGUCUGUCAUUUAUUAUACUAUGUAAACAUGUUAUAUCAGACAUUUGUAAUUGCUGAUUUAAUUUUUACUGGUUAUAAUGCUGCCACUUUGAAUGUGUUUAUUCUGAGAUAUCUGGAAAGUUUGUGUUGGCCUGAGCUAGAUAUUAAAAAAAAAGAAACUGAAAUCCAU